AAAAUAGACCGCGAAAAAGCAAUCGUGCGUCGCCGCUACCCCCCCCCCCUCUCUCUCUUCGCUCCACUUUCGAUGUGGAGAAAGUGGGAGAAGAGAAAAGCUUAAAAUGUGCAACAAAGGUUGAAUCUUGCUGCCAUGGAUUUUCAUUUUUCAACAGUUCUUACGCCACUCAACCACCACAACCGAAGCAAGGAAUGAUAAAUUAAAUUUCUCUUCAAGUGGAAUCUUUUCAUUGAAUUGCAGAAAAGUUUCAAGGAUGGGGGAUCAUAUUGUGAUGCUUGUGGAUCAGCUUAUCCCCGAAUCUAGCCUCGAAAGCAGAAUCCAUUUGCAGCAAGCCUCGCCGGCUGCUCCUGUAUCCGUGAAAACAAGCUUUUCUUUCCACAAGAUGGAUGCCAGAACAAGCAAGUUGGGAGAGUGCAGGAUUUGUCACGAUGAAGACGAGGAGUCAAACAUGGAGGCGCCCUGCUUCUGUCGCGGGAGCUUGAAGUAUGCUCAUCGUAAGUGCGUGCAGCGAUGGUGCAACGAGAAAGGGGAUACUACCUGUGAGAUUUGCCAACAGGUUUUCAAGCCAGGUUAUACGGUACCACCCCCUCUCUUUACUUAUGGUGGGAUCCCGAUGAACUUUAGGGGAAAUUGGGAGAUAUCGAGAAGAGACCUACAAAAUCUUCAAUUCAUAUCAACGGACUCCGCCAGUGACAACUUCUUGGAUUCAGAUGGGGAUGAAUUCCCAGUCCCCACUUCAAGAAGCGUGCUUUACUGCCAUAUAAUUGCCAUCAUUUUUGUUGUGCUUGUGGUGCUACGGCAUACCCUACCAUUCAUCGUCUAUGGUCCGGGUGAAUAUUCGAUUUCUGUGGCGAUGUUGUUGAUGUUGCGUACAAUCGGAGUUUUCUUGCCUAUCUACAUUAUGGUAAAAGCAUUAUCAACCGUACAACGCAGACGAAAUCGACAGUCUCCACAAGCACAAGCUCAAUUCCUCCAAAUCCCGUGAUGGUGGAGCCUUUCAUCGUAGAGUAGUUAAUAGUUUGCUCUCUUUUCAUGUUGGACUUGUAAAUAGAUAUUCAACCCUAAUUAAUCCUCUCUAUUUUUAUCAUCUAUCUAUAAUCCUAUCUUAUAUAGUCUCUGAAUAAAAAAUUUGUGCCAUGGAGUAUUAAUUUA